AUGGGAAUUUCUGAUGGAGAAUUAACUUUUCAACGGUUACUAUUGAGAACUCGGAAGUCCUGUAGAGAAGAUCUCGAAGGCAAUGUAAAUAGGUUAAAGAAGGCUGUUCAGCGGCUUGAACUAAUUUUUAUAAAACUUCAAGGGGAUGAGGAAGUAGAUCGAGACGUCUUAAUGCAAUAUGGACGUGAUCUACAACAACUAAAAAUAAUUGUUGAGGCUGAAAGCAAGGUAAAUUGGGUAUUUGGCCAGGUUAUGGUUGUUCGUUAUAGAAAGACGUUGUUAAAAAGCUGGAGACUUUGGACUCUUUGCCAAAAGUGUUCCCUGAGGUUUCAAGCGAAGGUUUGCGAAAAAGAGGCCGUAAGUUAACAUUAGUAUCAUAAUGCCCGUAAUGUCAGAUGAGGGAUUCAACCAGGAUUUGGCUUCAAAUACAAUGGUGAAAGCGCAGACCGAAGCGGUAAGCGUAAAAGGUUAAGCUGGAACGUUAAAUGGAAUUUUAAGACUUACCGUGCUGAUAUCCGACGACAACUUCUCGGAGCCGAGAGCGAAACCUACGAACGAACCGUAGAACAACACGAACAAGAACAGGAUUACUUGGCCAAUCAGCUGUUGAGUAUGACAUCUCAAAUGAAACAACAAUUCACAAUUGCCGGAGAAAUCAUCAAAGAAGACAACUCUAGAUUAGAUCAAAUGCAACGACAGACCGAGGACAAUAAGUUGAACUUGGACAGAGAGAGCAAGAUCCUAGAACAUCACGCUUAUAAGAGUUGUUUCGACUGCAUGAUGCUGCUCAUUGUAGUCUUGGUUAUAUGGUCUUUCAUAGGGAUGGUCUUGGUCAUGAAAGUCUUCCCAAAACGUCUAGUGUAA